CAAGAGCAGAAAUUAGAGGCUUUCUUAACGUGCAUGAAACCAACUGGAACACAGCGUGAUUUGCCUUUAAGGGUUGUUUCCACAGAUGUUAAAACUAUCACUGAAUCUAAUUCGAAGAUACACAACGGGGGAGCGUAGCAGAGGGAGAUUCUACACUCCUCUGGGGGAACUAAUCGACCGUAUUACAGCUGAGAGUUGAUCUACAAACUGAUUUGUCACCAGGAAACAAGCAGGUGAAAUAUGAUGAUUGCACUGGGCCUUGGUCUUUUUUGUCUAUUUUUCUGCCCGGACCCCGCAGAGGCUCAGUUUCCUCGAGCGUGCUGCACAGUGGAGGGGAUCCGGACCAAGCAGUGCUGCCCUGCGCUGGGCUCAGAUCCCGCUAAUGUUUGUGGCUCCCUGUCAGGGAGAGGAAUCUGCUCUGCUGUCCGAGUGGACUCCAAACCCUGGGGAGGACCGUACAGACUGAGAAACGUAGAUGACAGAGAGAGGUGGCCGACCAAAUUCUUCAAUCAGACUUGCAGAUGCACUGGUAACUUUGCAGGUUACAACUGUGGUCAGUGUAAGUUUGGCUGGACUGGACCAAACUGCGACCAGAGGAAAGCUCCUGUUGUGAGGAAAGACAUCCACACUUUGACCCCCGAAGAGCUCGAAGAGUUCCUGAAUGCUCUGGAACUGGCCAAGACCACCAUCCACCCAGACUAUGUCAUUGCCACCCAACACUGGCUGGGGCUGCUGGGACCAAAUGGAACCGACCCACAAGUUACCAACAUCUCCAUCUACGACUUCUUUGUCUGGCAGCAUUACUACUCAGUCAGAGACACUCUUCUUGGUCCUGGCCGUCCGUUCAAAGCCAUUGAUUUCUCACACAAAGGUCCAGCAUUCAUUACUUGGCACAGAUAUCACCUUCUGAGCUUGGAAAGAGAGCUUCAGAGACUGACUGGCAAUGAGAACUUUGCAGUCCCCUACUGGAACUUUGCCACGGGGCAGAGUGAGUGUGAUGUUUGCACUGACCGUCUGCUGGGGGCCAGAAACCCAGACAACCCCUCGCUCAUCAGUAACCAGUCCAGAUUCUCCAGAUGGGGUGUGGUGUGCAACAGUCUGGACGACUACAAUCGUCUGGUGACUCUUUGCAACGGCACCAAUGAGGGUUUCAUUCAGAGAGGGAUCAUGGAGAGAGGAAACAUGUCUCUGCCAACCAUGAAUGAUGUCAGAAGCUGUCUUGGCAUCAGGGACUUUGACAGUCCUCCCUAUUUCACCAACUCCUCCUUUAGCUUUAGAAACGCUCUUGAGGGCUAUGACAAGCCAGACGGACAACUGGACGAAUCAGUCGAUAACCUUCACAACCUUGUCCACUCUUUGCUCAACGGAACCAGCUCUUUGUCUCACUCUGCGGCCAACGACCCCAUCUUUCUGGUGCUCCAUGCUUUCACCGAUGCCAUUUUCGACGAGUGGAUGAGAAGGUUUGUUCCAAACAAUGCCACCUUCCCGGAUGAGAUGGCCCCCAUCGGUCACAACAGGGACUACAACAUGGUUCCCUUCUUCCCUCCCAUCACUAAUGAGGAGAUUUAUGUCCCAUCUGAGCAGCUGGGGUAUUCAUAUGCCAUUGCCCUGGAUGAUGCAGAUGGAGGGCCGAGUGUGUUCGUGCUGGGUUCCACUCUGGGGGGAGUCUUCAUCGGUCUCCUGGUGCUUCUCCUUAUGUUUGUGCUCUACCUGCAUCAGCGGAGAAACAGAGGCUUUGAACCUCUGAUAAAAGCAGAUUUCACAAAUAGAAAGUACACAGAGGAAGCCUAGAUUUCACCUGUUGUACUGAAAUGCACUUCAGUGUUCAUACAUACCUAAGAGUGAUGGAGCAGCCGGUCUACAGUGUUCUGUAGGCUCGGCUGUGAAGGAAAAUAUUAAUGCUUCAAAUUUAUUCUUUUUAGAUAGUAAAUCAAAUUUCAUUUAGGAAAGAUCAUGUGAAUCUUAUUCUACCAAUUGGAAAAUAUUAAUAGAAAGUCACCAAACAUUUCAAACCAGUGUAAAUUAAUGUAUACUUUGACCAGAACGGAAAGAUCCUUUUAGAAAAUGUCAAAACACGACCCUUUUUUCCACCAUU